GUGAACAAGAUGCUGGGGAGCAUCAGGAAAAAGACUGGUGGCUCUUCCGAUCGUUCAACUGCGACUACGCCAGGAGCUACUCCAGAAGUGACAGCCCACAACAGCGUGAAAGCAUUUUGCGAGUCUGGCGGAAGCUUAAAGAGUGACGAAGUGCUCUUCCUCCCUCCAAUCGUCGAUGCCGCCGAAUCCUCGCCUGCCGCCGCCGCCGAGAGCGCACGCAUCAUCCGCAAAUACUUGGCCAAGGACUACUCCUCGCGGCCGUCAUGGCAGUACAACGCCAUCAUGCUGAUGCGCAUCCUGGCCGAACACCCGGGCGAGACGUUUACGAGGAACCUCGACGCCAAGUUUGUCGACGCGGCGAGGGCGCUGCUCAAGGGCACAAAGGACAACAACGUGCGCCAGAUCCUCAUGGACACGCUGGAGGAGUUUGAGCGCGCCAAGUUUUACGACACCAACCUGACGCUCAUCAUAAGCAUGUGGCAAGAGGAGAAGGACAAGGCCGUUGAGAAACACGGGGUACCACCUGCGUUGCCUGUGCGUCCCACGCAAUCCUUGGCGCCUGAAUUUUCCAGCAACGGACAGUCGCAGAAUUACUUCUCCAGGCACCACAACAACAACCGGCUGCCAGAGCCCGCUGAGCUGGUCAGCAGGCUGCAGGAGGCGCGCGAGUCUGCCAAACUGCUGGAACAGCUUGUCAUGAACACGCCGGCCGUGGAUAUCCUGGACAACGAACUCAUCCGGGAAUUUUCAAACCGGUGUCUGAGCGCAUCGAGAAGCGUCCAGGGCUACAUGGUGUCAUCAAACCCCGCCCCCGAUAACGACACCAUGGAGAGCCUCAUCGACACCAAUGAGCAGCUGCAGACUGCGCUGAGCCAGCAUCAGCGUGCCAUGCUCAGCGCCCGAAAGCAGCUGGGCCUCAAUGGAUCCGAAAACCCAUCCCCUGCUCCU